AUGUACUGGAAGACGCUGCUGCUUCUGCUAUUGUAUCAGAGUGCUCAGGCGACUGUGGCCCGCAGGUGGAACCCGGCCAUGCUGUUCCCUGCUGCCCAUCGGCCAAAGAAGUCUUCCUCCCUGCCCUUGAACCCAGUCCUGCAGACCUCCCUGGAGGAAGUGGAACUGCUCUACGAGUUCCUGCUGGCUGAACUAGAGAUCAGCUCUGACCUGAGGAUCUCCAUCAAGGAUGAAGAACUGGCCUCCUUCCGGAAGGCCUCCAAUUUCCAUACCAUCUGCAAUGAUGUGAUUCCUAAGAGUAUCCCAGACAUCCGCAGGCUGAGCGCCAGCCUGGCCAGCCGCCCUGGUGUCCUCAAGAAAGAAGACUUUGAAAGGACAGCACUGACCCUCGCCUAUGCAGCCUACCGCACAACCCUGUCCCAAGGGUAUCAGAAGGAUAUCUGGACCCAGUCCCUUGUUAGCCUCUUCCAGGCCCUGAGGCAUGACCUGGUGCGGUCCUCAGGACCUACAGUGUCUCCCUGA